CCUACAUAGGUAUGACCUGAACACAUAGUCAUUUAAAUUUAGCCAAGGUGUAGGUAAGCAUAUGCUCAAGAAUUAUAAAAGUUCUCCUUAUAAGUACAAGUAUUUUGACCAUUGCGACAUAUUUCAACAGCUAAAGAGUAUCAUCAUGGGGAAGUUGAGGAGCUUCCAAAUCAACUUGGAUAAUGCCCAAGGAAUAUUUUGGUCUGGUCAAACCGUCAGUGGAAGGGUAACGGUGGAUUUGGAAUCCGAAAUGAAAAUGCGAGAAAUUAGGCUAGCCUUUAAAGGAAAAGCUUAUGUAUAUUGGUCGGAGAGCGAUGGAAGCGGAGAAUAUCAACACACUGAGCACUACAGUGCAACAGAAUAUUACUUUAACAAUGUAGUUAUCGUGUUUGGGAAAGGUCUUGGAGGUGGAGAUGAACAUAUUUUACAUCCGGGACAACACGCCUUUCCUUUCUCGUUUGUUUUACCACCAAAUUUACCAUCAUCAUUUGAAGGAGACAUAGGACACGUGCGAUAUACUAUUAAAGGAACCAUAGACAGACCCUGGAGAUUUGACGACCACACAGUUCUAGCGUUCACAGUAUUAAGUGUCUUAGAUCUCAACCAACAACCUCUAGCUACUAAUGGGGCGGAGGCAACAGAUUCAAAGAACCUGUGCUGUUUGUGUUGUAAAUCAGGCCCAAUAACGGGAACUAUCAAGGUCAACCGAAUUGGCUAUGUUCCUGGAGAAUCUCUUUAUUUUGAGGCUAGUGUGCAGAACAUGUCCAAUCGUGUGUGUGGCAUGUCCGCUGCUUUAGAAAUGAUAACCACUUUUCAUGCAACAAGUAAAAGUUGCAGUGUACCUCAAGUCAUUAACACUAUUCCGCACCAGGACGCGAAGCCUGGGGAUUCGGAAGUUUGGGGCGGAGAAAGAUUUAUCGUCCCUCCUCUUCCGCCAUCGUAUCUUGCUGGCUGCAGUAUCAUUGAUACACGAUAUAUCCUGAAGCUCGUCAUAGAUCCCUCUGGACCAGCCUUUGACUUGAUUGUUCCGGUUGAAAUCAUCAUAGGAACUAUUCCUCUUCAAUCAGCAGUGCAACAAUAUCAACAGAUAUUAUUAGCGCAGCCAUCGGCUCCUCCCCAAGUUGCAAUGCCUGCCCCUUCCUACAACGAGUCCAUUCUGGGACCUACAAAUAUUACAGGCGAGGAAGGUGGUGAACACACACAAGGGCAGCUGGACUUCACUCCUACAUAUACCUACUACAAUUGGUCAAAGUCUACGUAGUACGAUAUGUACAACUUUCAUUCUUCCAAACCUACCGUGAAGAACUUCCAUCUGUGAUAAUCAGCGAUUAACUUCUGAUGUGCGAACUUAGUGCCUGUAAUUACGACAAGACGAAAUGAAUAAAAGUCUUGUGAAAACAUCCCCCAUCUUAAAAUGUUGACCUUUGUCACUUGGACAUUUCUAUACAGCAACACUGGUUCAUUUAAAUAUUGAAAUGAAGAGACAAAAAAUAGCUAGGAUGUUCUUUCUCUGUCAGGAAAUCUGACUUCUCAGAUUAAAUCAUCUUGACAAGUUGUCAAAAAUAAUCAACACUGUAUAUUACAGAUUGUUACACUGGUUUAUUUUGUUUGCGUUUAUCAAAAAUAUGUACUGAAAGUAUAUUAACUUGUGGUUUUUGUUGUAGAAAUUUCAUAUCGCAAUAAGUGCACACUUAUUAGAGGUUUCAUUUAAUAAAAAGCAGAUAGUUUUAAAAUUGAA